AUGGUGAGUAGGUUUAUGAGUAAACUGAACUGGUCUCAUUACCAAGUUGUUGUCAGAAUUUUGAGGUAUAUAAAGGGAACUCUGAAGUAUGGAAUUUUAUUCUCUUAUGGUGUUGACUCAAAACUUAUGAGUUACUCAAAUUCUGAUUGGUGUGACGACAGAGUUGACAGAAGAAGUACUUCUGGGUACUUGUUUAAGUUUAUGGGAAGUCUUAUUUCUUGGUGUUCCAAGAAGCAAUCAGUUGUUACUUUGUCAACCUGUGAAGCAAAAUAUAUUGCAGGUGAUGUGACUGCAUGUCAAGUUGUGUGGCUUCUAAGUUUAUUGCAGGAUCUGAAUAUCAAAGUAAACAAGCCUCUGAAGCUGAUGAUUGAUAACAAGUCUGCACUCAAUCUUGCCAAGAACCUAGUGAUAUAUGAGAGAAGCAAGCAUAUUGAGACUAAGUAUCACUUUCUGAGAAAUCAGAUUCAGAAUGGAGUGCUAGAAGUUGUGCACUGUAGCACCCAAAAACAACUGGCAGAUGUUUUGAUAAACGUGAUCCAGACUGAUCAAUUUCUCCGCUUGAAGGAUGGAAUUGGUGUUUUUAGUUUCUGUUAA